AUGCCAAUAGAAAGUGGAAGUUGUGCAUCUGCUCGCCAAGCAAAGCAGAAACGUAAAUCACACAGUCUUUCAAUCCGAAGAACCAACAGUUCCGAGCAAGAACGAGCAGGACUGCAAAGAGACAUGUUGGAAGGGCAGGAUUCGAAACUACCAUCUUCUAUCCGGAAUACACUCCUUGAACUUUUUGGACAAAUAGAGCGGGAGUUUGAAAACCUGUAUAUUGAAAAUUUGGAAUUACGCAGAGAGAUUGAUACACUGAAUGAGCGUUUAGCAGCUGAAGGACAGACAAUUGAUGGAGCUGAACUGAGCAAAGGACAACUGAAAGCAAAAGCCAGUCAUAGUACCAGUCAGCUUUCUCAGAAAUUAAAGACAACUUACAAAGCAUCUACUAGCAAGAUUGUAUCCAGUUUUAAAACUACAACAUCAAGGGCAAUCUGUCAACUGGUAAAGGAAUAUAUUGGCCACAGGGAUGGUAUUUGGGAUGUCAGUGUCGCGAAAACUCAGCCAGUGGUGUUGGGAACUGCAUCUGCUGAUCACACUGCUUUACUGUGGAGCAUAGAAACAGGGAAGUGCCUUGUCAAGUAUGUAGGGCAUGUUGGAUCAGUAAAUUCCAUAAAGUUUCAUCCAUCUGAGCAAGUGGCUCUUACAGCAUCUGGAGACCAGACAGCUCACAUCUGGAGGUACUUAAUACAGUUGCCUACACCUCAGCCAACUGCAGACUGCAAUCAAAUGUCUGGAGAGGAUGAAGUUGAGUUCUCAGAUAAAGAUGAACCUGAUGGAGAUGGAGAUGCUUCUAGUGAUUGUCCCACUGUCAGAGCCCCGUUAACUUCACUGAAAAGCCAUCAAGGAGUGGUCAUAGCAGCUGACUGGCUUGUUGGGGGGAAGCAAGCUGUGACAGCAUCGUGGGAUAGGACAGCAAAUCUGUAUGAUGUAGAAACUUCCGAGCUUGUCCAUUCCCUUACAGGGCACGACCAAGAGCUAACACAUUGUUGUACACAUCCCACCCAACGUCUUGUGGUGACAUCAUCACGCGAUACAACCUUCCGUCUGUGGGAUUUCAGAGAUCCUUCUAUCCAUUCUGUGAAUGUCUUUCAGGGCCACACAGAGUAAGUGACAGUUCCUUCACGGGUUUUUACAAGUUCCAAAGUUGAAAAU